GCCGUCGUUACAUGCAUUAGUAGAAACAUAUAUAAUUAUCCGUGUUUGAAGGAGUAAAACUAUCCCCAAUUAUGGGUCCUAAAAUAUAGUCAAAAGCUCAAAACUCUUUUUGCUCGCUCCUACGAAUUAAGUCUUGCAUAAACAGUCAAAAUCUUCAAACCUUUUAUUUUGUUUUUCCUCUUCUAAAACUUAUUUCUUGUCAAAAUUUCCUAAAGUGCGACCAUCACUUGGAAAAUAUUGUUGAAUUUUCAUUCAAGAAAUCAAAAUGCUCAAAAUUAAAGUACUCCUAAUAAUGGACCAACAUUCUUGCAUCUAUGUAUAUAUAUAUAUAUGCAUACAUCUCAUAAUCAAUUAACAACGUAAAAUCAUCAUAUCCUCAAUAGACAACAAAAUUCACAAAACCAAAUUGAAAUUGUACAACUUAACUUUUGAAAAGGUGCAAAAAAAAGUACAAUCUAGUACCAUAUUCAGCAAAAAAAAAAAAAAAAAAAAAAAAAAAAAAAAAAAAAAAAAAAAAAAAAAAAAACUCUUGAAAAGAAACACUAGCUAAUUAGCCAUGCAACGCUCAAUGAUAUCAAAAAGCCUAGCCUCAUCAACUCAAAUCCUCCGUCCCUUAAUCCGCGGUAUUCCUCCAUCAAACCCAAAACCACCAUGUGAUAUAUUCAUCAACCACCGAGGGGUUGACACGAAGAGGACAAUAGCCGGUCUUCUGUAUCAACAUCUCUCAGGUCUUGGGUACGACCCUUUCUUAGAUAGCAAGAGUAUGAAACCCGGGGAUAAGCUAUUUGAGAAGAUUGACCCGGCAAUCAAGAAUUGUAGGGUUGGGGUAGCGGUUUUUUCCCCACGUUAUUGUGAAUCGUACUUUUGUUUGCAUGAACUUUCAUUGAUGAUGGAGUGCAAGAAGAAGGUGGUGCCCAUGUUUUGUGAUGUGAAGCCGUCGGAGCUCCGGGUUAAGGAUAAUGGAAAUUGCUCUCCCAAGCAACUUGAGAGGUUUCAUAGGAGUGUUGAAGAGGCUAAAAACAUUGUUGGUCUAACAUUUGAUACCUCAAAUGGAGACUGGUCAGAGUUUUUGACAAAUGCAACAGAAACAAUUCUUCGAAAUUUGGUUGAAGCUGAAGAAGAUGAGAAGUACUUUAAACAUAAUAUUACCAAUUAUUAUGAAGCAAAUUUGGCCGAAAAUUCUAACUAA